CCGAUUUCGGUCAAAACCCGAGAAAAAAAGAAGAGAUUAAUUAUGAAGUUCAUGGAAACCACAGCCUGAGCUCGCCACGAAAAUACAGAAAUUAAAUUCCUAAAAUUAAAAAAAUUAAAUUCGAAAAAUCUGAGAUUGGAAGACAGAGCGUACAGAUGGAUCUAGUCCGUGUGACGAGCAAUCUUUAAUAUCGUCUCUCCAAUCCCACUUUCCUCCCAUCGCUUCUGGUCAUUCCGAUUCGCACCUGGCAGUCCUUUCCACUUUCUUUCUUGGAAUGGAGGUUGUGAAAACUGCGGAAGUAAUGGCUUCUCCAGAAUCUUCUUCAUCCUCCCACCAUGAUAAACAUGACAGUGAGAGUCAUUUGUUAACGACGGACAACUCUAAAUUAGAAACUGCACAAAGUUCUUCUGAUAGCGCAUCUGUGGAACAAAAUCAACUACUUCCGGCUGAUAACCCAGCUUCUAGCUCAUCAACAAUAGCAAAUGGUAAAUUACCAAUUGCAGAACCUGCUUCAAGUGGCUCCUCUCUGGAACAGAAUCAACUUCUUCCAACAGAUACCCCGGCCUCAACCUCAAUGAUUACAGUCAAUAAAACAGAGAAAGAUACUCAGGUGACAGAUUCUGGUCCCAAAAAUGUCGACCAUGGUUCAAAUAGCCCAUCUCUAGAACAAAAUCAUCUUCUUCCAACAGAUACUUCAUCAUCAGCUUCAAUAACUACAGUCAAUAAAACAGAGACAGAUACUCCGGAUACUGUGGUGGAAGAUUCUGGUCCUAAGAAAGGGGACAAUGUUGUGACGUCCACUAGGCGUUCUCUGCCCAAUAUAAAGGUUGCCAGAAAUACUGUUACAAAAUCUGAAGCCAGUUAUUCUCCUAAGAGUGCUAAGCUGGCUUAUGUGAACAAUGUAGUCUCAUCACCCAAUGUAAAGUUCGCUAGCUUUUCUGCGAGAAGAUCAGGAGCCAUUGAUUCUCCUAAGAGUGCUAAGAACAGAGGCCUUAUUGAUACAACUGCUCCUUUUGAAUCCGUUAAAGAAGCUGUUUCCAAAUUUGGAGGAAUUGUUGAUUGGAAAGCCCAUAGGAUCCAAACUGUGGAGAGACGCAAGAUUGUGGAGCAAGAACUUGAGAAAGCACAGGAGGAGAUUCCUGAGUAUAGGAAACAAUCAGAGGCUGCUGAAAAAGCAAAGGUUCAAGUAUUGAAGGAGCUGGACAGCACUAAGAGAUUCGUGGAAGAAUUGAAGCUCAACCUGGAGAGAGCACAAACAGAAGAACAACAGGCAAAACAAGACUCAGAACUUGCCAAACUAAGGGUGGAAGAGAUGGAACAAGGUAUUGCUGAUGAAGCUAGUGUUGCAGCCAAGGCACAGCUUGAGGUUGCUAAGGCGAGGCAUACGGCUGCAGUGACAGAGCUGAAAUCUGUUAAAGAGGAGCUGGAAGCACUGCACAAGGAAUAUGCUUCUUUAGUGACUGAGAAGGACAUGGCUAUUAAAAAAGCUGAAGAGGCCAUUUCUGCAUCCAAGGAAGUCGAGAAAACUGUGGAAGAACUGACUAUUGAGCUGAUUGCCACAAAGGAGUCAUUAGAGGCUGCGCAUGCUGCCCAUUUGGAAGCGGAGGAGCAAAGGAUUGGAGCAGUCAUGGCCAAGGAACAAGAUUCUCUUCAUUGGGAGAAGGAGUUAAAGCAGGCAGAAGAGGAGCUUCAGAAAAUUAACCACCAAAUUCUGUCAGCUAAGGAUCUCAAGUCAAAACUAGACACAGCCUCAGCCUUGCUACUUGAUUUAAAAUCUGAAUUAGCUGCAUAUAUGGAAUCAAGAUUGAAGGUGGAAAGUGAUGGAGGAAACUUGAAAGAUGAGCUACAGGAACCAGGGAAGAAAACUCAUACCGAUAUACAAGCAGCAGUUGCUUCUGCAAAGAAGGAGCUUGAGGAAGUGAAGCUCAACAUAGAGAAAGCAGUUGCUGAAGUAAAUUGCUUGAAGGUGGCUGCCACAUCAUUAAAAUCGGAACUUGAAAGUGAGAAAUCAGCUCUUGCCACCAUUAGGCAGAGAGAAGGAAUGGCAUCGGUGGCUGUUGCAUCUCUUGAAGCUGACCUGGAGAAGACCAGGUCUGAAAUAGCUGUUGUUCAGAUGAAGGAGAAAGAAGCCAGAGAGAAGAUGGUGGAGCUACCCAAAGAAUUACAGCAAGCAGCACAAGAGGCUGACCAGGCAAAGGUACUUGCUGGAACAGCUUUUGAAGAGCUUCGCAAGGCAAGGGAAGAAGCAGAGCAAGCAAAGGCUGGAGCGAGUACUAUGGAAAGUAGAUUACUCGCAGCACAAAAGGAAAUAGAGGCGGCAAGGGCUUCGGAAAAGUUGGCGUUAGCAGCAAUUAAAGCUUUGCAAGAGAGUGAACAAGCUAGAAGCAGCAAUGAUUCACCCAUUGGGGUAACGCUUUCUAUAGGGGAGUAUUAUGAGCUCAGCAAAAGGGCCCAUGAGGCAGAAGAACAGGCAAACACAAGAGUUGCAGCUGCAAAUUCCCAAAUCGAAGUGGCCAAGGAGUCUGAGCUGAGAAGCUUGGAAAAGUUGGAUGAAGUGAAUCGGGAAAUGGCUGCGAGAAAAGAAGCACUCAAGAUCGCAAUGGAGAAGGCUGAGAAGGCCAAGGAAGGGAAGUUGGGUGUUGAACAGGAGCUGAGAAGUUGGAGGGCUGACCAUGAGCAACAAAGAAAGCUUGGUGAAUCUGGCCAGGCAGCAGUAAAUCCCACUAAAAGCCCAAGGGCUAGUUUUGAGGGAAAGAAAGAAUCAAAGAACUUUGAUCGGGCGCCUUCUGCUGUAUCUUCAAGCCCCAAGUAUGGACUUGGAAGCCCCAUUGAAACUAAUGCGCCAGAAGCAAAGCAUGUAAAGAAGAAAAAGAAGUCCUUCUUCCCACGGAUUUUUAUGUUUUUGGCCAGAAGAAAGGCGCAUCAAAACAAGUCAACGUAACUCUUCAUUUUUCACAGGGUGAUUUCUCUCCGGGAGUGACGGUAAAUGCCGGAUCCGAUCUGACAUAUGUUUACUUGAGUGUACAUGUUGAUAUUGGUAAUUAUUUAUUGUAUGAUAAAGUUGAUUGGGUGAUAUAGUUUUGCUCAUUGUAAGGGCUGCUGGGUUGGUUUUGGAGCAAUACGGUUAUAUAGUUGGUGCCUGGUAAAUUGAGAGAGAGAAUAAGAGGAUUCUGUAUAUUGUGUACGAGGCUUGAAAUGUUGAAGUCAGACCUCUUGUAAAACAAGUGAUUCGCAUUUGCUGUAAUGAAAGAAUUUGGGUUUGAGCUU